GAUCAACGAAACUUCACGUGUUGUGCAGCAGCCGACAAAAAUGGCUAAAAAAGGAGGACAUGUAAAACGUAAAAGAAGUGAAAAGGCCAUCAAAAAGCAAGAUAGUGGGAUUGAACCUGAAGAAGAUGACCAGCCUGCAUCACCAAAACGGGCGAAGGUUUCAGCUGGAUUUCCGACCAUCGAUGGCUAUUCUUCAGAUGCAGACAUAGAUACCAGAGCUCUGGUCAAACAGCAGAACAGAAAAAAGAAAAAGUCUGGAGGAUUCCAGUCUAUGGGUCUUAGCCAUGCUGUUUUUAAAGGUAUCAUGAAGAAAGGAUACAAAAUUCCUACACCUAUUCAAAGAAAAUGCAUACCCAUUAUCAUGGAGGGGCAAGACGUUGUGGGAAUGGCUCGAACAGGGAGUGGCAAGACAGCAGCUUUUCUUCUUCCUAUGUUAGAGCGACUCCAGAGACGAUCGGCCCAGUCUGGUGCAAGAGCUCUAAUCCUCUCACCCACGAGGGAGCUAGCACUUCAAACGCUUAAAUUCACCAAGGAGCUUGCUCGCUACACGGACCUGAGGUCAGAGGUCAUCCUGGGAGGUGACCGGAUGGACGACCAGUUUGCUGCCCUCCAUGAGAACCCUGACAUCCUGAUUGCCACCCCUGGUCGUCUUCUCCACGUCCUAGUCGAGAUGGACCUCAAGCUCAUGCAAGUGGAGUAUGUGGUCUUUGAUGAGGCAGACAGGUUAUUUGAGAUGGGUUUUGCAGAGCAGCUGAAUGAGAUCUUAUCCAGGUUACCCGACAACCGACAGACCUUGCUCUUCUCAGCCACCCUACCCAAGAGUCUGGUAGAGUUUGCCAGCGCUGGUCUGAGUGAACCGGUGCUGGUCAGGCUGGAUGUAGAGUCAAAGAUUAGUGAGCAGUUAAAGAGUAUGUUUCUGUACACCCGAAGCAAUGAUAAGACAGCGGUGUUGCUGCACCUGUUACGCGAUGUCAUCCAACCCAACCAGUUGACUGUCGUCUUCUUAGCUACUAGGCAUCAUGUGGAUUAUGUUAGAGAGUUGCUAGAACAGGCAGGCAUCAGCAACACCUACAUCUACAGCGCCCUUGACCAAGCUGCGAGGAAGAUCAACGUUGCCAAGUUCACCCAUAAGAAGACUCACAUUCUCCUUGUGACGGACAUUGCUGCCCGAGGUAUCGACAUCCCUAUGCUUGAUGUUGUCAUCAAUUUCCACUUCCCUGGCAAACCAAAGCUCUUUGUACACAGAGUUGGUCGUGUUGCCAGAGCAGGAAGGACCGGUACAGCGUACUCUAUGGUAGCACCUGAUGAGCUUUCAUACCUCAUUGAUCUUCACCUAUUCCUGGGCAAGGACAUUGCUUUCUUCAAGAAUGAUGACAAGAUGUCAGAAGAAGAUGUCUCGGGUAAGCUUGGUCGGGUUCCUCAGUCGGUGGUCGAUGAUGAGGAGAGUGUUCUGAGGAACUUACACAAGAUGAGCUCAGAUCUUACUAAUCUGAAGAGACCCGCCUUCAAUGCCAUGAAGAACUACCUCAGGUCACGACCUUUGCCCUCUCCAGCCAGUGUCAAGAGGUCAAAAGAGAUUGACCCAAUGGACAUCGCCUAUCAUCCCAUGUAUGGAAUACAAGACAGUGACCUGGAGAGCACAAGAGUACAGCUUGUUGAUGAAGUCAAGGGUUAUAAACCACGCGCUACAAUUUUUGAGAUCAACUCCACCUCCAAGAACAGUGCUCAUGGUGUCAUGCAAUCCAAGAGGAGGUUACACAACACUGUGAUCAACAGGAACGUACAGAGGCUCGAGGAGAAGAAGAAAGAGGAGCAAGCAAUGAGAAGGGUUGCCAUGGAAACAGAAGAUGAUGCAGAUGCUGAGAAUGCAUUCUCCGUUGUGAUCGGGCCAGCUGGCAAGAAGAGGAAGGAUGUGGGUGGUGCUCCUCAGGGGUCAUUGCCUUUUACUCAGAGUGCUGUCAGGGAUGAGAAUGUGUUUAUUGCAUACACAGCACCAGACAAACAGCAAGAACAAGGGUUGAGCAUAGAGAACAACUUUGAGAAGCAAGCAGCUGGAGCGGUGCUAGACUUCACACAAGACGAGUCGAGGGAGAUGAGAAAACAACAGCAGAGAGUCAAAUGGGAGAGGAAAAAGAAGAAGUUUGUAGGAGACGGAGGGAAAGAUGGCAAGCAGAAGAAGAUUAUGACGGAAAGUGGGAAGUACAUCUCAGCAUCCUACAAGAAAAACAUAUACAAGGAGUGGUUAAACAAGAGUAAGGCCGAUUCACGGGAUCACCACCAAUCUGACAGCGAUAACGAAGAUGGUGACAGGUCAGGUCUUAACAAAGGAAGCAUCACAGGAAACAGAGUUCGUUAUGGUAACGGGCGAGGGGGCAAGCACUCGGGAACGAAAAGGAGGGGUCGUCAUGAAGACUCUGGCACGGAGAGAGGUCAGGGGUCAAAGGGUCAGCAUGGGGGUGAACUACGGAGAAAGGAGGAGAUCCUGAAGGACAGGAAGAUCAAGGGGCGCAAACGAGAGCAGAGUAGACCCAGGGCCCAGCGAGAAGGGGGGAGAGGUGGAGGUAGAGGAGGUGGAAGAGGCAGUGGUAGAGGUAGGGGCGGUGGUAGGGGUGGUGGUGGUGGAAGGGGUGGGUUUGGGCGUGGUGGUGGUGGCGGUAGGGGAGGUGGCGGUGGUAGGGGUGGUGGUAGGGGAGGUGGAAGAGGAGGCAGAGGCAGGAGGUGA